AUGCGUACUGGGUGGCAAAAGUUAGGGGUGGAGCAGCUACGCCUCAGUACCACCGACCUGACCCCACCUUCUGUGCAGGACUUGACCAAAGGUGUGAAUUUUAUUCUGGAUGCACCAGAGGGAAGUGUGUAUGUGCACUGCAAGGCUGGGAGGUCACGGAGUGCAACUUUGGUGGCUUGUUAUCUCAUGAAGGUCCACAACUGGAGUCCCGAAGAAGCUGUAAGUUUCAUCAAAGACAAAAGGCCUCAUGUCAUGAUCCUUCCGUCUCACUAUGAAGUACUCAGGACUUUUCAGCAAACUCUCUCAGACUAAAUUCAAGUGGCACUUGUAGAAUUUCAAGUUUAUUGUAGUUUAUUGUAUAAUAAUAAUAAU